GUAACCCCUUAAUAAUUGUCAAAAUUAUUGUCAUUUCAAAAUUCUCAGUGUCAAUACACACAAUGAUCGAAGGUCUGUCCCUUCAAGUCCCAACCCUCAAGCUCAAGAACGGCGAGACUUUGCCCGCCCUCGGCUUAGGGACUUGGAAGUCAAAACCUAAAGAUGUAGGCCAGGCCAUAAAAGACGCCAUCGAUAUCGGCUACCGCCUUUUCGAUUGUGCUUACAUUUACAAAAACGAGAGAGAAAUUGGCGAAGCGAUUCGGGAAAAAAUCAAAGAAGGGGUAAUCCAACGUGACGGCAUUUACAUUGUUAACAAAUUAUGGUCGACUUAUCACCGCCCGGAUUUGGUAGAGCCGGCCCUUGACAAGUCUUUGAGCAACAUGGGACUUGACUACAUCGACUUGUACCUCAUCCACUGGCCCAUGGGGCUAAAGGAAGAUGGAAGUGAAUAUCCGAUCAGUAAAGACGCGCGAUUGAUAUUCAGCAAUGUUGAUUAUGUGGACACGUGGAAAGCCAUGGAACGGGUGUGUAAAAAAGGAAAGGUGAAGUCGAUCGGUCUCUCCAACUUUAACAGAAAGCAAAUUGAACGUGUGAUCAAAUACGCGAAAAUUCACCCGGUGGUAGUCCAAAUCGAGUGUCACCCGUACUUGACCCAAACCCGAAUGUCGGAAUUUUUGCAAUCGAAGGGAAUAAUUUUAAUGGCGUAUAGUCCACUCGGUUCUAAAGACAGGCCGUGGGCCAAACCCGGCGAUAAAGAACUACUGAACGAUCCCAAAAUGCACAAAGUUGCAGUCAAGUACAACAAAACUGUAGCUCAGAUUUUGCUAAGAUAUCACAUCCAACGCGGACACGUUGUGAUCCCAAAAUCGGUCAACAAGGCGCGACUUCAGGAAAAUUUCAACAUUUUUGAUUUCGAGUUAUCCGACGAGGACAUGAAAGCCAUUAACACACUGGACUGUAACGUCCGGUUUUGUCCCUACAAAGAAGCAUCUGAACACACCUAUUAUCCGUUCAAACGCAGUGACGAGUAAAGUAAUUUUUAUUCCUUUUAUAUACAAUGAGUUAUGAUACAAAUAAUUAAAAAUAGCAACGUACGAAAUCA